AUGGCGAAUCGAUUAGAUAACGAAUACGAUUACUUAUUCAAGAUCGUCCUAAUCGGCGACUCCGGCGUCGGAAAAUCCAACAUCCUCUCUAGAUUCACCAGAAACGAGUUCUGUCUCGAAUCCAAAUCCACCAUCGGCGUCGAAUUCGCCACACGCACUCUCCAGGUAGAAGGCAAAACAGUGAAAGCUCAGAUUUGGGAUACAGCAGGACAAGAGCGUUACAGAGCAAUCACAAGCGCUUACUACAGAGGAGCUGUUGGAGCUCUCCUUGUUUACGACAUUACAAAGAGACAAACAUUUGAGAAUGUUCUGAGGUGGUUACGUGAGCUUAGGGAUCACGCUGAUUCCAACAUUGUGAUCAUGAUGGCUGGGAAUAAAUCUGAUUUAAACCAUUUGAGAUCUGUUGCUGAUGAGGAUGGUAGGUCUCUGGCUGAGAAAGAAGGUUUGUCGUUUCUUGAGACGUCUGCUUUGGAAGCGAGUAAUAUUGAGAAAGCGUUUCAGACUAUCUUGUCUGAGAUUUAUCAUAUUAUAAGUAAGAAAGCGUUGGCUGCGCAAGAAGCUGCUGGUGGUCUUCCUGUUCCGGGGCAAGGUACUGCUAUUAAUAUAUCGGAUACAUCUGGGACUAACAGGAAAGGAUAUCCAUCAAUGGCUUCUCUCGUCGAAUCCGGUUGGCAGUACCUUGUGACACAUUUUAGCGACUUUCAACUGGCCUGCAUUGGGAGUUUCCUCCUCCAUGAAAGUGUCUUCUUCUUAUCUGGCCUCCCUUUCAUUUACCUCGAAAGAGCUGGCUUUCUCACCAAGUACAAAAUUCAGGCAAAAAACAACACACCUGCAGCCCAAGGAAAAUGUAUAACUCGCCUGUUGCUUUAUCAUUUCUGCGUUAACUUGCCCCUUAUGAUUGCCUCUUAUCCUGUCUUCAGAGCCAUGGGAAUGCGAAGCAGUUUUCCUCUACCAUCCUGGAAAGAAGUUUCUGCUCAGAUAUUAUUCUACUUCAUCAUUGAGGAUUUUGUAUUCUAUUGGGGCCAUCGGAUCUUGCAUUCUAAAUGGCUGUACAAGAACGUCCACAGUGUGCAUCAUGAAUAUGCCACACCAUUCGGUUUGACAUCAGAAUAUGCUCACCCUGCUGAGAUUCUAUUCCUGGGAUUUGCUACCAUAGUUGGUCCAGCUCUCACCGGACCCCACCUGAUUACUCUCUGGUUAUGGAUGGUUCUGAGAGUGCUUGAGACUGUGGAAGCACAUUGUGGUUAUCAUUUCCCAUGGAGCCUCUCAAAUUUUCUUCCACUGUAUGGAGGUGCUGACUUCCAUGACUACCAUCACCGCCUCCUCUACACAAAGUCUGGAAACUACUCUUCAACUUUUGUGUAUAUGGACUGGAUCUUUGGUACCGAUAAGGGCUACAGAAGAUUGAAGUCUCUUAAAGAAACCAGUGAAUUGAAACAGACGUGA